GUCCAUCCUACAAACACAGUCAUCCCGUUGUUUAUCUUGCAUCUCCAAUCUUGACACUCACACUGGCCCAGAUUAACAGUUCUUUCACUCUCGCUCGCCUCUCGGACGGACAGUCGAAUCGAACGGUUGAACGACGGGAGCCUGGUUGGUUGCUGAUGGUCUGGCUAGGUCUGGCUGGCAGGUUUUUAGCUUUGGCUGAGUAGGAGGGCAACAGUCGGAGCUAGUCAAGAAUGCCUCCUCGGCCAGGCGAGAUCGAAACUUUUUUUCUCGCGCGGUGUUGAAGUCGUCGUCGUCAGUCGGUUGGUUCCCCGUUUUCAUCGGACUAGUGUUUUAUUGCAUCUUACAACACCACACAUACCUGUGUCCGCGCGGAGUGCCAGUUCCUUACGACUGUGGUCCAUUCUGGAAUUCCAUUAAUGAAAAUUUGCCCGUAAUUAUAUACAAAUUUCCUAUCGGAUAAUUACGACGGUAGCACUCAGGUUCAGUGUUUCGGGGAGUUCAUAAUUCAGAAGUUCGACUACUAGGGCCAACCAGCGAAAGACGGGGCCCCGUGUGCUUGUGUGUGAAGAAAACCAGUCGGAGUGGAGUCCCCACUUUUAGCAUCCGGGGGUCGGUCGGUCAGCUUCAGCUUCAGAGCCUUCUCCAGUGUUGGAUGGGAGGAUAGGAUUGAAGUGUGCAGUGCAGCAGAAGAAGAGUGUUCUUUUUCUUUUAUCGUCGUGUGUGCAUUUUUCUCCUUCGAUGCUGGAGGUGACGGUAUCCUAGUAAGCAGUAAGCUAUGAUGCAAAAUUCGAAGAAAACACUGGUGUAUCAUGUGAAAAGGGUUUAUGGGUUUGAGACAAACUUCUAAAUGACAAGGAUUGAGCUUCACACUCGUUCGUCAUCUUGCCAAGAAUUCGAAAAGUUGUUCUUGAUUUUAUCAAAAUGAAUCACAUUUUGAACUCACAAUCUGUUUUAUUCUUACCAGUUGUAAGGACGUGGCCAAGGCAGCUCACUAUAAUUGUAGAAAAUACUCGAUAUUUAUCUUUAUACAUGUAUAUUUUCUAAUCCAUUGCAUUCUUAAAAUCUUGGUGAAAUUUGUGUGUAUUUUUUUAAAGAUUUUUUUUUUCAGAAUACCUACAAGAAGUACUGAAAAUAAUGUCCAAAAUUCUUCCCACGAUUGCUUUAGAAAUUUUUACAGAUAUUUCUGCAAAGAUGCAUCGACGAAUUCUUCCAGGAUUUUUUCCAUAUCUUCCUUCAGUGAUUCCAUCAUGGAUUACGCCAGAGCUUCCUUCAAGAAUUUCACAAGGGAUUUCUCCUGGGAUAUUUUUAUAAGUUCCUCCAGUGAUUGUUCCAGUGUUUUAUCGAGGAUUCCUCAAGAAAUUUAUCCAGGAUUUCCAAAGGAAUGUCAACUGAGAUCCCUUUAGGUAUUUCUGCUAUUGUUUCUCCCGAGAUUUCUUCAAGAAUUUUUCUUCACACAUUUCUUCAACAAUUUUACUAGACAUGACCCCAAUAAUUCAAUCUAGAAUAAUUCGAAGUAUUUCUGCAGGAAUAUCUUCCAGGAACCCUUUCAGGAAAUUCUACCAGAGAUUAUCCAAAAGUUAUCCAGGAAAACCUUAAAAAACUCAGUUCAUCCAUAGAUUCCUGUAAUUAAGAAAGCUUUCCUGGUAUUUCCUAAGAAAUUCCUCAUGAGGUUUCUUAAGGAAUUCCUCCGGGUUCUCCUCCAAGAAUUUCUCCAAGGGUACAUACACCCGGGAAUUCUUUCUGUGAUUCUUCCAGGAAUCCAGGAAUUAUUCAAGUACUUCCUCCAGAAAAUGUUUAGGGCUUUCUUUAGGGAUUAUGCCAGGGAUUUCUCUGGAAAUUCAACAGGAAUUCUUCAAGGGAUUAGAAGCAUCUAGAUCCUCUAGGAAUUCCUCCAGAAAUUUCCUCUGGGGAUUGCUGCAGGGAUUUCUCCUGGAAUUCAUCCAGAGAUUCCUCCAGAAAUUCCGCUAGAAAUUUCUUCAGGAAUUCCUUUAGUGACUUUUCCAGGGGUUCCUCUGAAGAUUCCUCCAGGAAUUACUACAGAUAUUCUUCUAGUAUAUCCUCCAGAAAUUCAUCCAGGAGUACCUGCAGAAAUUCUAUCAGGAAUUCCUCCAAGAAUUGCUCCAGGGUUUCGCAUUUUUACAGCACUUUGUCCAGGCAUUCCUCUAGGAAUUGGGUUUUUAAAUUAAGAAAAAAUCAAUGAUUUUUUAUUUUUAAACAAAAGAGCACCUUUUUCUGACCCGCUAUGAUUUUUUUCAGAUUUUUAGAGCUUUAUUUUGGUACCUAAAAUUAAUUUCCAACAGAUUUUUUUUUGAAAUCACCUUUUGACAGCUGGGCAACUGCUUGACAGCUCCGCUCAGUACAAAAUGCGACGAGGGGUGAUUCGACAAAUCGCUCCCAUACAGAUUUCAAAUUGAUUUUUAAAUAGGUUCCCGGGCACCAAAAUUGAUGAAAAUUUGGAUUUCGGCUCAGUUUUGCAUGCAGAUUCAGAAUAUGGAAUUAUCUCAACACCACUAAAGAAGCCAAUUGUUCCUGAUAUUCUUCCAGGAAUUCCUUCUAGAUGUGUUUCAGGAAUUCCUCCAAUAAUUUCACCAGGUAUUCCUCUGGGAAUUUCUACGGGAAUUCUUCAAGGGAUAAUUCUCAGGAUUUUUGCAGUAAUUCCUGAAGGAAUUCCUUCAAGCAAUUCAUCAGGAUUUUUUCAGGCAUUCCUCCCUGGCCAAGAUCACAGGGUUCGACGGUAUUAAAGUGAAGGAUGUUAAUUGUAAUUCUUGUAAUGAAAAUAUCACCUUUAACACUUUAAUGCGCCUCCAACGGUUCAUUGCGAACCGGCUGAUGCAGAUGGAGUAUGGCUGAUUUAUCAGAAAUGCUCGAUAAACAGGAGGAACCUGCCAGGGCCCAGUAGUUUCUAUACCCAGGAAACAGUUCCGGUCGAUUGAGUCUGGGAAGGUUUCGAGAGUCGUUGUGAAUCAUAAUGAAAAUAUUUAUGUUUCAUGACGAGUCUCGGAAUCUUUUUUGAGUCGGCAGACUUUAAACUGUUGCCUGGGCUUCCCACUAUUCGGUUAAUUUUAACAAAUACAAAUUCAAUUCAAAUAUGAAAUAAUUAGUAGUAUCCAUUUGCUAAUACAUAGUUCUCAACAUUUGAUGUGCUUUCGUGAUUUAAUUUUCUCUAUCAUUAUUUUUAUAUCUGAUAGUUUUGUGAGUAAACCCUAAUAUGUUUCGAAUGCCUAAUGCUUAAUAAUAUUUUCUUGCAAUAUCAAUUUAAAAUAACUAUGAAACUAAUAGUGGGAAGUGCAGCAUUUAGUAGUGCAUGCUUAUAGAUUCGAAGCUAACGUGUGAUCAAGACGAAAUCGACAAAAACUGACUACUUCGACUUUGACUAACGCAUAUUAUUUAUGACAAAUUAGAUAUGUUUACAUUUUUCAACUGAGCAUAUUAAAGGUUUUUUUUUUUAUUUGGACUUAUUUGGACAGAUGCUGAUAGUGCUAGGGAUGUGGACGAAAAACAACUUUCAAAGAUAAUAAAAACAGUACUAAAAUGAGGAUCAACAAAAAUGGACAUAACGAACACAUCGACCAUCUAACAGAUCAUAGGCACACCAAAGAUUACUGAAUUAUAGGGCACAACAUAAAUUUGAACAAUAACAUUCUUUAAGCCUUGACAUGACAAAAAAAAAACAAAUACGAAAUCGACCAUAUGACAAAACCGAAAUUUUCACACCUUCUGCCGUAACCUUCUGAGUCAGUACGCAACAGUGUCUUACUGGACGACAUGUUCCGUGCACGGCUGGUGAACUGCUUCUGAAGGAUUACGUUCUCUGUCCUAUCCAAAGGCCUAGUGAACUGUCGUUGUCCGCGCAAACGCGAGACGAUUGUGCGCACAUUGAUGGGAGAGGUUUCUACGUCCGUCGGCGUGCCGCUAGGAACCUUUCAAAAAAAAAAAAAAAAAAUACUUUUUGUGAGUCCGUACUUAUGACGGGUAGUGUACAUGAGUUCAUCCAGGAAUUUCUUCAGGAACUUCUUUUGGAAUUACCCUAGGAUAAUUUUUAGGAAUUCCUCCACGAAUUGAUCCAGGACAUCCUUCAGAAAUUAUGUAAGCAAUUCCUCCGAGAAUUUCUCCGGGAAAUCCUCUAGGGAUUCCUUCAGAAAUUCUUCCAGUAAUUUUUUCAAGAAUACCUUCAGGAGAUUUUCAGAUAUUCCUCCAGGCAUUCCUCCAUAUAUUCCUCCAGGAAUAACUCCAGAAAUUCCUCCAGGGAUUCCCCCAUGAAUUCCUUCAGGAAAUCCUUCGAAGACUCCUCCCGGAAAUCUUCCAGGAAUACCUCCAAGGAUUCUUCUAGGAAAUUUACCUGGAAUUCCAAGGAUUUUUUUCAGAAUUUGCUCCAGGCAUUCCUCUAGGAUUCUCUCUAGACAUUUUUCCAGGAAUUGCUUCAGGGAUUUCUCCAAGGAUUCCUCCAGAAAUUUUUCUAGGAUUUCCUCUAGGAAUUCAUCAAAAGUUUUCUUCAGGAUUCCUCCCAGAAUUCAUCCAGGUGUUCCUCCAGGAAUACUUCAAGAAAUUUCUCCAGAGAUUUCUACAGAAGUUCCUCCAGAUGAUUUCAUCCAGUAAUUUCUUCAGUGAUUCAUCCAGGAAUUCUUCUAGACAUUGCUUCAAGAAUUUCUCAUGUGAUCCCUCUCAGGUUUUUAACAAAAAAUCAUUCAGAAGUUAAUUCAAAAAAAUCUGAAAUCCUUCAAUCAUCUUUUCCAGGGAUGCACCAAAAAAUUUCUCUAGGAUUGCCUGAAGAUUUUUUUGAAUUACUUCAAGAAUUUGUAGAGGAACUCCUCCAACAAAUUGUAUUGGAAGAUAAUUUCAAAAGGAUGCAUAUAGGAACCAAGAAAUUAUCCUGGGAUUCUUUCAGGAAUCCCUCAAGCAGUUUCUUCAGAAGUUAACUCAAGGAUUCCAUCAGUAACUCUCACAAUAAGCGAGACAAUGAGUCCUCCAGGGAUUCUUCCAAGCAACACGCAUGUCACAAUUUAUUUGAUAAAUACUUUUAAAAUUUCUUCCUGCAUUUUUUUAUUGAUUAAUUUCUGAAGCUCCGUCGGCAAAUUAAUUGUGAUAUAACCUAGCAAUUCCUUUGGUAAUUUCUUCUUCAAUUUCUUUAGAAAUCACACAGAAAAUGCCUUUGGAAGUGAUCGGGAAAUUCCUUCAAGGUUUUUCAGGAAACUUCUUUUGAAAUGGGAGAGAUGAACCAGCCAAGGGCUAAACUGCCUCUCUUGGCAUGUCAGUCCCAUGUCGUUUCUAAUGCGAAUCAAAUUUUUGUCUCUCAUAAAUUUCAUAUUUUUCUUGCCUCAUUUCACAGCCCAAUGUUCCACGUAAAGUUUAUGCAAGAAUUGAAUACAUUUUUUCGAAAACAAUUGGAGUUAUAGUGCAAAACGUGGGCACUUUGAAAAACAACAUGGGACUGACAUGCGAAAAGGGGCAGUAAAAGUCUCUUAAAUAAAGAUAAAUCAAUCAAUCAAUUUUGAAAUGUUUUUGGAAGUGCCUUCGACAACAUAUUUGGUAUUCUUUUUGGAAAUUUCUUCUGCAAAAGAAUUCACUUCAGGAUGCCCUUGUGUAAUUUUAGGUAGCAAUUCCUUUGGAAAAUCAUUCGGUUAUUCCUUUAGGGCCGUGGUCACCAAAGUGCGGCCCGCGAACCGCACGUGAAGUUUAGAUCUCUAUGUUGUGGUAGAAAUGUCUGUAUAGAGAUAAGUGACAUUUCAACACACGAACACUAGCGGAAAUUUUUCCUCACACAAAAGUGCACGCCGAUUGAAAGGCUACUCAGAUUGCAUAUGCAAAUAUUACCCAAUCGAUUUGGGUAAAACGGGUAAAUAAUGAUAAAACUAACGUCAGCGGCAAGAGUGCAAAUAUUUUCCUCGCAGUUUCACAACUACAUCUACAAAAAAGGCACGCAUACAUUUGAACGUGAUUACCUCUAUUGUUUCUUCUGGAGGUUGUUUUACAGCCGGAAUAAUGAAGAAUAACUGUUAGAAUGUUUGGCAAAUCAAUUUAUAUGUUGCGAUACAAUCAGUUGAAAAAAUGGGCCUGAGGAUCACUGCUUUAGGGUGUCUUCAGUCGUUUCAACAUUCAAACGUAUUUGGAAAUUGCGUUCUGAAAUGUUCGGACAAAUUUUUUAUGAACUUCUUUGGCAUACACCUUGAUUUUUGGAAAUUCUUUAGAUAAUUCCUUUGAGAUUUACUCCGGCCAUACUAUUGUAUUUUUUUUUCAAUUCGUAAGAGAGUAUCUAAUUGAAUUUCCAAGGUAAUAACACACGGAAUUCUGUAAGGAUUUUCCAAAGGAUACUGAAGAAAAUUCAAUUUUGCAAGAAGCUAUCGAAGGAAUUACAAAAAUAUUUGCCAGUUAAAUUUCCAAAUGGAUUGCAGGUGAAACUUCCAAAGAAAUUGAUAAACAAAAUCCCGUAGGAGUUGCCUGAUAAAUUUGCACACUGUCCUCAGCCAGAGACCACACACUACCACACACUAACGGAUAACAUGUAAUACUGUAAGACAUCCAGUGGUUCAAUGUAGAAUUUUCCGUUUGACGAAAUUUUUCUUCCGACUGGAAUGGGAAUCGAGCCCACAAUCCGUGGCUUACAAUACGCCUAAAAGUCUGGCGUCACUAACAGUAUGGUAUUUUCAAAUAUAUUAACCUAAAUCAAUUUCAAAUUUCCAAAAGAGUUAUCGAACAAAAUUCCAAAGAAAUUACCGAAAUAGUUUCAAAAAAAAAAAACCCAAGAAAACAAAAAAAAAACUUAUAUGAAGUUUUGGAUCAAAUCCAAUAAAAACUACUCACAGGAUUUCCUAUGAAUUUGCCAAAGAAAUUCCGCCAAAAGGAAAUUCGAGAUGUUUUCACAGGGUAACUUUUGGGAAAUUCGCCAAAUCGAUUUGCAAAGGAAAUGACAGAUCACAAGUGCUACGUUGUGAGCGAAUUUUGAAAUAAACUUUCAAUGUAAAAGCUUCUUUUUAACAUAGUAAUAUAUGGAUACACAACGGUUAUAAGGUUAGAAGCUUUCAGCUUCUAAGAACAAUACACCCCAAAUAAUUUUUGCUGAAAUUUGCCGAGUUGAAAGUGUAAGCAAAAUAUUUGUGAAAAUUCAGCAAGGUUUGUUGAUUUGCUCAGUAAUAUCUACCGAUAACCACCAACGUUUUGCUGUAACUUAGCAAAUUUUGACGAGAGUUCAGAAAAAAAAUCUGAACCUUUUAGCUCCGCAAAAUUUGACUGAAAGCGUCUUGGUGUGUAGCAUCACAUCAUGAAAACUCUUGGUCUUUUGAGCAACCUUGCCGAAGGCAGUCCAGAACACGAGAUAUACGACGUUUAGACUGAACUGGAAGCUCAUAAGAACACUAACGCAGCGCAGUGAGUGAUUUUCGAACUAAAUUGUUUCCUACGUGAAAGCUCUUAGUCUUCUGAGCAACUUUGCCGAAGACAGUAUCCUUCUAGGUGGACCAGAACACGAGAUAUAUGACAUUUAGACUGAACUGGAAGCUCUUAUGAACACAAGCGCCACGCAGUGAGUAAUUCUCGAACUAAAUUGUUUUCCAUAACAAAGCUCUUAGUCUUCUGAGCCACUUUGCCGAAGACAGUCCCCUUUCUAAAUGGUUCAGAACGCGAGAUAUUCCACAACUACUGAAAAAUUUUAGUGCUAUCCCCCAUGUCCGACAUGGUGCCCUGUGUAGCAGAUUCCCGGUUGCGAAUGUUCCCGGAACCACUUUUUCAACAUAUCAACACAUUAUUGACGAAAUUAUCUUUCAAAUAAGACAUUGGUCGUUUGAAUUGGUGAAAAAAUCAUUCAUUCUAUAAGAGUUUGAAUUUGUGGGUCAUAAUGACCCCAAUGCAUUAUUCUUACCUUUUUUUUGGCGCCAUUUUGAUUUCACCUUAAGAAAUUAAUUUUGUUUUAAAUUCUUCGGUUCUGCAAAAUAUUAAAAGUCAAGAAGUUUCAUUACGAUAAGUUAACUAAUAAAAGAGAUAUUAAUGCUUGAAAUCGCGUUUUGGGCCAUAAUGACCCUAAUGUACGACUAAGGUUAAAUCUGCACGUUUAGUGUAGUGCUCAAAUUUUGAACGUAGCUUCUGGGAGUCCAAAACAACUGAUUUUGGAGGUAAGACUUGGCAUUUUUCGAAAUUUUUGUUUUUCAUAUAAGUGUGGGCCACCCUAGAUCAUCCGAAUUCGACAUUUUAUUUACAAACCGUAUUGAUCGAUGUUUGGCAUUAUGCAGUGUUAACAGUUGCAGAGACAAUUCAAACGAACCAAUUUUCAUUUUUUUUUAAUUUUUAGCGCAGCAGUGUUGCCAGCUUUCAUAGAAAAAAUACUUUGUAUCAUUCUAUGUACCAUGCAACAGUAUUUGCCUACUUAAAGUAUGCUGAACAGCCAGAUAGCUUAUAGACAUUCAUAUGUAUACUACAUUCAGCCAAGCAUGAUCCUAAUUGAACAGUGUUGCCAUAUAACAGCAGAAAUAAUAAUAUCAGUUAUCACUGUUUGGCCUUUGUUGUUCUUACUGAACAUUAAAUGCGUAUAUUUAGAAACCUGUUCAAGGUUUGAAGCAAUGAUUGAAGUGAACGUUAAUCUAAAUUUUAAAUGUAAAAAAGCGGACAUAAACCGAUUUGUCGUGGAAUAAACGGACUAAAAUAAGGUCGGGGUCUGCAGUAAGCCUAAUAGUUAAGGAUAUGGAUCGCCAAUCCGGAGACGGCGAGUGCGGUUUAUGUUCCAGUCAGGAAAAUUUUCUCGACUCCCGGGGUAUAGUAUAUCAUUGUCCUUGCCUCACAAUGUAUUGGUGUCGCGGUUGAAACCCGAAGUUUCCUCACACGCGACAAUCGAGUUUUCUCCAAAUCCAUACGUGAAACCUAAUGUCGGACGUAGUGCGCUGGUUAGCGGAUUUGGCCCUCUAUCCAGCGCACUUUGCCCGACGUACGUCCGACACACAGUUCAGGAGAAACAUUGACUUUCGCGUGUCAAAAAUUUCGGUUUUCAACUGCACGAACAAUACAAAUACAUGCAAUGGCAGGCAAAGAAAGCCCUUCAAAUAAAAACUGCGGAAAUGCUUUAAGAACACUAAGUUGAAAAGAGGCAGGCUAAGUUCCAGUGGGAACGUAGAGUCAUAAAGAAGAAGAAGGUUGGAGAACAAAAUUACAAAAAUAAGAAAUAAAACAAACAGCGCUUCAAUCGUUUGUUUUGAGUAGGAAGAAACUAGGAGCGCUCUGCUGAACAGAUUGAAUGAUCCCCUUAUUUUGAAAUUAAAUUUGGAAUUUAAUUUAAGUUGUCAAUGUAGUUUUUGCAUUUCAAAUUAUUCAUAUCAUUUCAUUAAAGUUUUAUCAUGAUCUUAUUAGAAAACAUUGUGCUACAUGAAGAGAAUGUUUAGCAACUGUGUUUCAUUAUGAUGUUAGUAAGAUCUAUUCCAGUAACUACGUGAUUGUUUUGCAUGUAGCACAACUCAUAACAAUACUAGAAUUAAACAAAAUCAUUUGAGUUUUAUAAAACACAUGUAUUUCUGCCAUUACCAUAAUCGUUUUGCUCCUUGAGUUGAGUUAUAAGCCUCUAUUCUCCCCUGUUCAAGACCCCUUUUCACGUGGUACACUUGAAAUAUGCAAGAGAGAAAGGAGUCUCCUAGCAUAUCGAGUCGCUGCCGUCGUUGGUCGAUGGACGCACGGCGACCGACAGUGAAGUGAAUGAGUGGUAGCGAGGCGGUGUGGUGGGUGGCUGGGCAGGCAACUCGCACAAGAAGAGAGGGAAGGACAUUCCCGUCAUAGCGAGGCGCCCAUCCAGCAAGCAACGAAGGGAGCGAGCGAGCGCCGAAGAAGCCAUGUAAAAAUGUAACCCCGAAUUUUGUAAGAUUGGAAAUAAAUUAGUGCUCUCUUCGGUUUGCCGCCUCCCGGAGGCCAUUCGCCGCUGCAUAGCCAGAGCCACACAUCAGAUAAUGGACGCGGAAAGGAAGCGAAAGAAGACCCAGAAUCUGGUGGUAAUGGUGGUGCUCUACAACAGGUUUUUUUUUUCUUCAACUGGAUGUGUUGUUGCGCGAGAAAAAUUGGUGUGAGCGGUGUGGGGGCAAUUGAAUUGCUCUCCUCGUGCUUGUGAGAAGGGCUCCCCGAGAAUGCUGUGCUGGUAGUAGCUCCAGAGUGUUGAGUGAUAUGACGGAGAAGUGAAAUUUUAUGGGAUUGUGCAAUAAUUAAUUUGAAUCGAAGUUUGUAUAUAGAGCGCUGUAAGCAGGAAGCCGAGGAAAAAAAGAAAUAUUGUGUGAGUGGUUGAAUGAAGAUUGCUACAGUCAAAAAGGAUACGGAUAUAUCCUUUACACGAGGAUUGGAGUAAAAAAGUGUUAGGAUAAGCAUAGGAUAACAAAAUGGAUGAGCGAUUGCUGAACGACCUGCUGGAGUGUUCCGUAUGUUUGGAGCGGCUGGAUACGUCCUCCAAGGUGCUACCCUGCCAGCACACGUUCUGUCGGAAAUGUUUGGAGGAAAUUGUGGCCAGCCACCAGGAGCUUCGGUGUCCGGAAUGUCGAGUCUUGGUGGAAAUCAAAAUCGAUGAACUCCCGCCGAACGUGCUGUUGAUGCGGAUCUUAGAAGGCAUGAAAACAGCUGAGCUCAACAAUCAAAACACAAACAUAAACAAAGCGGCCCGAACCGGCGUUGGAGGAGGAGGCGGCGGGAACAUCUUCAACCUACAGUUGCAGCAGCAAAAUCAUCCAAGCAUAGCAUACCAUCAUCAAGGGUCUUCGAAUGCGCAACAGCAGCAUCACCAACAACAACAGCAGCAGCAACAGAAGAACAAUAAAAACGAUCAACUGCAUCACCAUUCGCAUCAAGGUCGCAUUAUAGCAGGAAAUGCGCUAGAUUUAACGAAAAUCCCACACGCUAAAGCAUUCUACGACUUCGCCUCCAGUGAAACCAGUGAUAUCAGCUUUAAAAAGGGCGACAUCGUCAUCCUCAAGAAGAAAAUCGACCACAACUGGUGCGUGGGCGAAGUCAACGGAAAAGAAGGUGCCGUUCCGUUGAACCAUCUGCAGGUGAUAGUACCGCUACCGUAUCCCCAGUGUAAGGCCCUGUACGAUUUCAGCAUGGGACCAAACGACGAGGAAGGUUGCCUGACGUUCAAGAAAGGUGCCCUGAUUCACGUGCUCCGCCGGGUGGACCAAAACUGGGCCGAAGGGCGGAUAGCAGACAAGAUUGGAAUUUUCCCCAUUUCGUUCGUGGAGAUGAACAGUUUGGCAAAGCAUAUGAUGGAGUCGGCGUUGAAACAUAUUUUGGCCAGCGCAUCCAACAACCGAACUGUCCCUCCGACACCUUUUGAUCUGAAUGCCAGUGAUACAACUAGUUCCAGUGUAACUACCAGUCCUAAUACUUCCAACAGCACCACCAGUUCGAACUCCAGUACCGCACCAAGCAGUCCUACGUCACAAUUUCUAACGACAACAACCGCCACUUCUACAGCGGCAGCGGGGGGAAAUUCCAGCAGUAAGGAACACCAUAAGGAGAAACGUCACUCACUAACGACCUUUGUAGCUAGUUCAAGUACUGGCGUUGCUAACGUCGGCGGGCCACUGAAUCAUCCCAAUCGCCAUUCCGCUGAGAUUUUGAGUACUCCGGAUGCGGACCGACAGCAACAGCCGGCAAGUACGGCGACGCAGGCUACGUCCACCGAACAUACGCCGCAGUCCACCGGUCGACCUGAUAUGCUCAACUAUCAGAAGUCGAAUGCUGCGAAGGCUGCCGCUAGUCAACAUUACCAACAUCAGCAACCCCAACUACCUGCCACCUACAUAGCUCUCUACCCUUACAAGCCGCAGAAACCGGACGAACUGGAGCUGAAAAAAGGAUCAAUCUACUACGUGACCGAACGCUGUCAGGACGGUUGGUUCAAGGGUGCCAAUCGGCAGCAGAAAUCUGGAGUUUUCCCCGGUAACUAUGUCACCGUGUACAAGGGACGCGAAGCAGGCCACUCCAGCCGGAAUACAAACAACCAGGGACCAUCCAGCGGUGCCACUGCCUCUACCACUGCCACCUGCGGUGUCCAGAACCCGUCCAGUAACCUAGCCCAAAUCACAUUGCCUGCCUUACCCCCACGGGACGCGACCAUUGCAAAUAAUUCCGGAGCCCCUGCCGGUGGUGCCGGUCCCGUGUGGACCAAACAGUCACAACAGCCACAGCAGCACCCCAAUCAAUCGGGAUAUAUCGAUUCACUGUUUGGGAGAAAAUCGGGAAGUGCUCCACCGGAUCGGAACACCGCUGCCGCAGCCGGACCUGACCCAUUGCAGACUGGAGUUGCUGCUGCAGCAGCAGCAGCAGCGGCACAACCAGUCAAGGAGAAGAAAGAUUCUUCGGCGGUUAGUUUGAUGAAGCGACUGACCAAUAUCAAACGAUCGAAAUCUCCCACCUCGAGUAAUGGUGGAACAACCAACCCAGCAUACUCGAUGGAUAAUCCAGUGUUUGAAGAUAGUUCUUUGCCGGGUGGUGCACCCAUCAAAUCCAACCUGCAGCAAAUUAUCAAUCCAGUGCAUGUGAGAUCUGGUUCUUGUCCGAGUCAACUUCUUCAAAAUCUCCCCGUCGACGUGCUGUUAGCACAUGGUCGCGAAAAUGUUCCUUAUAUGUAUGGCUCUCAGCGGGUGAAACCCCACAAAGAGCGGCCGUCAAUGCAUGGUCUCAAAAGUGAAGCAUCCGGUAAAACUUCCUCCAAACAUGCUGCGGCAGUGGCUGCAGGUUCAGCACACCAUCAGCAACAGCAGCACCAGCUGCUGCAACAACAAUCUCACGAAGCACCUGCUUCGACGUCGUCGGCAUCGCACGCGCCGAAGCAAUCUCAUCCGUACCAUCGGAAAUCUCAAAGCCUGGACGCAUCAGCCAUCAUCUCCCACAUGAAUGGGACGCCAUCCAAGUCCAAGGCGCACUCGCAGGCGGUCCGGGAAAGAUUCAAAUGCAUCGUGCCCUACCCGCCGAACAGCGAGUACGAGCUGGAACUCCGCGUCGGGGACGUCGUGUUGGUGCACAAAAAGCGGGAUAACGGCUGGUACAAAGGCACCCACCAGCGUUCCGGCAAAACCGGUCUGUUUCCGGCGUCUUUUGUCGAACCGGCGGACAAGUGACGCCGUUACUGGGAUAAUCGGGAAUGAAUCUGUUUUGUAUUUUAAGUUUCUACUUAAAUAGAUAUGCAAGGUACUCUCCGGAGCAGUGAUUAGCAUUUUAAGUACAGCACCAACAGCAGUGGUAUAAUCAAAAGUCGGUAUUAGUAAUGAUCGUGUCUCGUGUAGUGAAGAGUCAGUACGUGCUUUACGUUUUUUUUUAUUUGUCCUUAUAAAAGUGGUACUAGUGUUAGGGAGAAAAUAUUUAGCAAUCCUUAGGUAAGCAAUGAACAUUAUGAUCGAAACAAAUUUUAGGGCGACAUUGAAUUAGGCAAACAAAAAGUGCAAAUUUGUACCUAAUUUUUAUCUUAUUGGGUCUUUUAAAGUCUGAAUCGUAACGUUAAAAUAAACCGUUUUAGGAAAGUUAAACUUAAAUCCUGAUGAUGAUAUAAUCACCCACACCAGUUGUAGGCAAUUGUUAGCAUGACAAAAUUGUACGCAAUACACAGAUUAGAUACCGAAAUUGCAAACACUAUCGUUUCUCUGUAACAAAACCUGUAUAAUUGUUGUUUGUGUCUGUCUUUCUCUGUGCGAAUUUCGUGUGUCUGUCUUUGUGUGUAUCAGUUGAUUGAUCUACGAGCUCAUUCCGCUUUCUCGAACAAGCAAAAAUGUUGUUGUACAAACUUUCUUAACCAUACUCUAGCGUCUACGUUCGAUGUUGUGUUUGAAUUAUGUGACCACUUUCUAUAACUAAAAGAACAAUGAUCGUCGACACACAAAAUAGCAGAGAAUGAUCGCAUUUAUAAUACUAUAAUACUCUUAUAGCAGAAUCUUACAACUAAUCGCAAGCAUUAUCACAAACAAGCAGAAGUCACAAGGUAAUACUCACCGUUUCACUAUUAAAAUCUGUUGCUAGGUAUUCACGAUCGAAGAUCUUGGAGGUGAAAGUGAAUCGAUUGGAUUGAUCUAAUAUUUCCUUGUUCUUUGACUGAUUUUUCUGCUAACGUUUUGUACUCAAAGGCACAUCUCUUGAUUUCGAUCCAUCCAGCUUUGCACAAAUAUUCUAAGCUAUUUAGUGCCCACUCAAUCGAUUCUAAAGUUAUGAUACUCCGAGCCGAUUCGAGAGAAUCGUAACUACAAGAAAAGACAUCAGGUUCAUCCGAAGAUGUAAUAUCCACCAAUCAUUCCAAACUUCCUCAUCGGAGGAAGUAAAAUCGUCAUUUGGCACUCGAAGAUCCUUAGAUUUCGCAAGCAUUUUAUUCAACCGGCUGACUUUACUCAAACUGGAAUCAUUUGUAGAAAGGGUUUUCCAGCCGGAUCGUUAAGCAGACCAAAGAACUUUUUGGUAGGCCUCGCGAGCCAACCUCAAAGCUUCCGAUCCAGCCGAACGUCGUCCGUUCCAACGCUUUCUACAUUGUUUCCUGAGCUUGGCCAAAUCAGAGUUCCACCAUUUCUGCUCCAGGCCUACCUGAGCGUUAAAAUCUCUUGAUGAUGAUGAUCUUGACAUCGUGGAUUGGGCAGCGAUCGUACUCGCGUUCGAGCUGCGCGUAAAAUGCGUCCUUGUCAUCAUCAGUGCUUCCGGAGUGUGGGCUGUGCACGUUUAUUAUGCUAUAAUUGAAGAAUCGGCCCUUGAUCCUCAACCUGUUGGUUGACCAGGGAUUCCUGAAAGUCACAGUUUGUGUUUGCGAAGUAACAUUCAAAUGUUCAAAAAAGAUGACGCAAUGGCCAGAUAGAGAUUCUUCUUCUGAAACAUGCCAAUUGAUCAAUUCGUGACUAAUUCAUCUAGAGCAAAGUGUUAUGUCUAACACUCAUGCCACAAAAGUUCGGCUUAUUGGACGCAGUGGCUUAAUUUCCCCAAGGAGGAGAAACAAAAUUUCUCACACUUUCUCUCUUGACGAUGAUUUAUCAUGCGAUUAAUAAAUCGAGCAAUAUAUGUGUUUCCUGUUAAGAUUACCAGCAGAUACGUCAAUUGAAACAGCACUAUUAUAGCAGUUAGUUCAUAAUCGAGGAUAGCGACAAUUGCGUUUUUGACAAGCACACAUUCUCGAGGCAUGAUACGCGAGUUUGCCAUUUCGUUUUUAUUGAAAAUAGGAAACACCGGAUUCACAAGGUUUCCUAGAUGGAAAUUCGCUUACAAAAUUAAGGCUCUCGGACUAAAACCACUUAGGCUGUACCAUUGUGCAUUUGUUUGCAGAGGUUGAUCGUUGCUGUUCUUUUAUGAUGGAGAUUGAUCUGAGCUAUGCUAACCGUAGGCACUACCUAAACUAGCUAGGAUCAUACUCUUUACAUUCACAGCACAACAAAGAACAGCAGCAAUAAAACCAGAUAGGUAUCGAUUGGAAAACGCCAAAAGCGACGAUACACAGAAUACACUGUGUAAGUCGCUUACCUAAUGCAAAAUCAUGAACUGUUAUUUUAUCCAAAGUUAUUUUAUCUGAAAUGAAAAAUGAUUCAGUGAACAAAUAAUAGACCAAUAUAAUAGAACGCUAACGAGUUGUUACCGGUAACUACUGCCGUUUGUGAUAAAAUUGUGUUUCAUGUACGUUCCAAUCUAACGCAAUAGCCAAAACCCGCGUCUAAUGCAAAAGCACGAAUUGUCUAACAAAACUGUGCUUCUAACACACUGAUGAGCAAUGUUUCUGUUUAACCGCAAAUGUAUAGCAAAUUCAAACGAACAAAACUGUAACGUGCAACAACAUCUAAACGAAAGAUAUAAAACAAACUCAUCUGCAGCCGACAUAAUCGGUGCAAAACAUAACUGAAUUCUAUAUUUGUUUAUGAUCGACAAAUCUUUAGAGUAUUUACUGUUUUCUAGUAAACCUGCGCAUUAUCGGAGCAAGUUAAAUUAACUGAAAUUGAUAGCUAAAGAAGUUUAAUCACAUUGCAAAAAAAAAACGAACAGAACCAAACACGACUCACUUAAUGGUCUCAAAAGUUUAUUAGCCCGAUAGGAAACAAACAGUAGGAAAGAAACCUAGAGGAAAAGUCUUGACAAACAACAUAUUGGCACUGAAUCGGAACAGGGUUAGGUUAUGUUCUAAAUCGACAGAAAUUUGAAAAUAUUCGCUUUUCUUAGCAAAACAAAAAAACAACGCCUUCAGAAAAGGAAAUACUUGAAUUUUCAAGCACUGCACUGGAUUGGCUUUAGGUCAGGAUUUUGAAGCAUUUUGUGGUAUUUGAGGAAAAGUUUUGCAUUUAUAGCGUGAUGAAUGAAAUCCGUAUAGGUAAAUGAUAGCAGCAUGUGAUUGGAUCCAAGUGUUUGGAGAGUUUGGCGGCAUUAAUUGGCACUAUUCUUUGGGACAGUUUGGAUAAUAAUGAUUGAAAAGGAUAUCAGUUGCGGCAGCAUAAUGUUAUGGGGGUCAUGAAAAACAGGUAUACUCGUACUUUAAAUAAAAAUUACUUAUAAAAUUUC